AUGAAGUUCCUGACGGGCAACAUACGACAGCUGCUCGGCUCUGGGCAUCCAUCUCUUGACAAGGUGGCAAAAUACUACACACAAGCUGAGGGUAAGCACGUCAGGCCCAUGAUUGUGCUUCUCAUGUCGCGAGCAUCAGCUCUAUGCCCGAAAGCGCCCCAGCCUGCACCGACCGAGACAACCCAGGGCAUCAACACCUCAAUCUCUCCUUUGGAUGUCUUGCGCGACGUCAACCCAUCCUCGCCUUUGACGAGCUUUUCAUCCGAUCCCGCAUCGACCGAGAGCGACAUCCUUCCAGCCCAGAGGCGCCUAGCCGAAAUUACCGAGUUGAUUCACACAGCUUCGCUGUUGCACGACGAUGUCAUUGAUCAUUCGGUGUCGAGACGCGGCUCGCCUUCUGCCAACCUUGAAUUCGGAAACAAGAUGGCUGUUUUGGCUGGCGAUUUCCUUUUGGGCCGCGCCUCAGUAGCUCUGGCCCGGUUGCGGGACGCCGAGGUGGUUGAGUUGCUCGCUACCGUUAUCGCGAAUUUGGUCGAGGGCGAGUUCAUGCAGUUAAAGAACACUGCCCGCGACGAGCGGAACCCAAAGUGGUCGGAGGAUACAAUGACCUACUACUUGCAAAAGACAUAUCUCAAGACGGCCAGCUUGAUCUCCAAGUCAUGCCGAGCUGCUGCCCUUUUAGGACGAGCCGAUGCCACAACAGUCGAGGCAGCUUAUGCGUAUGGAAAAAAUUUGGGCCUUGCAUUCCAGCUAGUUGAUGAUAUGCUGGACUACACAAGGAGUGAAAAGGAUCUUGGCAAGCCCGCUGGGGCUGAUCUUGAGUUGGGCCUGGCGACUGCACCUUUACUCUUUGCCUGGAAGGACAUCCCUGAGCUCGGUUCACUUGUUGGCAGGAAGUUUGAGCAGGAAGGAGAUGCUGCUAGGGCUCGAGAACUGGUUCUGCAAAGCAAUGGAAUUGAACAGACCCGUGCUUUAGCCGAGGAUUAUUCACGGAAAGCUAUUUCGGCUCUGGACACCUUUCCGGAUAGCGAUGCCAAAGAUGGCCUGAUCGAGAUGGCCGUCAAGACUUUGAAACGAAACAAAUAA